UUGUUCGGUUUUCGGUUGUGAAUGUUUCGGACUAUAGGUUCUAGUCCGUCAUUCUUUUAGGGUGUUCGGGCAUGGUUUUUCGUUCAUCCAUCUUUUCCGUGUCGAUACCUCUUGCGAGUUACACGUGUUCGUAGACAAAAUGUCUCAUCGUAAGUUCUCUGCGCCACGUCAUGGCUCCAUGGCGUUCUAUCCAAAAAAACGUGCUUCUCGGCAUCAAGGACGUAUAAAGGCAUUCCCGAAAGACGAUCCAUCGAAACCAGUGCAUUUAACUGCUUUCCUUGCAUAUAAAGCUGGUAUGACGCACAUUGUGCGAGAGGCGGAGCGCCCCGGAUCAAAGAUUAACAAAAAGGAAGUGGUUGAAGCUGUUACUAUUUUGGAAACACCGCCCAUUGCAAUUGUAGGAGCCGUUGGUUAUAUUGAGACUCCCUUCGGACCACGUGCUUUGUGUAAUGUCUGGGCUCAGCAUCUAUCGGAAGAAUGCCGCCGUCGCUUCUAUAAGAAUUGGCAUGCGAGCAAGAAGAAGGCUUUUACGAAAGCCUCCAAGAAGUGGACCGACGAUCUAGGCAAGAAGUCUAUUGAGGACAACUUUAAGAAAAUGAUACGAUACUGCAAGUUUAUCCGCGUCAUCGCUCAUUCACAGAUUCGUCUUAUCAAGCAGGGUCAAAAGAAGGCUCACAUUAUCGAGAUACAGUUGAACGGUGGAACUAUUGAAGAUAAAGUCAACUGGGUAAAAAAUCAUCUGGAGAAACCGAUACCGGUCUCGCAAGUAUUUGCGCAGGAUGAAAUGAUUGAUUGUGUCGCCGUAACUAAGGGUAAAGGUUUCAAGGGAGUUACCAGCCGUUGGCACACCAAGAAACUUCCGCGCAAAACGCACAAAGGUUUGCGCAAAGUAGCUUGUAUUGGUGCUUGGCAUCCAUCCCGUGUCGCCUUCACUGUUGCUCGUGCUGGUCAGAAAGGUUAUCACCAUCGUACCGAAAUUAACAAGAAGAUCUAUCGUAUUGGAGCAGGAAUUCACACUAAGGAUGGAAAGAUCAUCAAAAAUAGUGCAGCAACCGAAUAUGAUCUAACGGAUAAAUCGAUUACACCAAUGGGUGGCUUCCCAUUUUACGGUGAGAUCAACAACGAUUUUCUCAUGAUCAAAGGAUGCUGUAUCGGGGCCAAGCGGCGUGUUAUUACGCUGCGCAAAUCGCUGUUGGUACAUACUAAGCGUUCUGCACUGGAACAAAUCAAUCUUAAAUUCAUCGACACCUCUUCCAAAAUUGGACACGGUCGUUUCCAGACACCAGCAGAUAAACGUGCCUACUACGGUGUCCUUAAGAAAGAUCGUAUCCGCGAGGAAAAGGCCCAGGCUGCUUCAGCUGCAGCAGCUGCAAAAUCUUCAGCUUAGGCUAGAUACAUUCAACAUUUGUAUUUGCAUAGCCAUUAAUACAUUUGCCUGUACAUGCAGCAUUAAAA